GCCACGGCCACGGCACGGCUUUCAGUAGUAAAUUUUCGAUUUUCAGAUUUUUAUAAAUAAAUUGGUGUUUACUUUACUGUUUAAAGCAAGAAAAUUAAGACCACCUUUAAUAACAUCUGCAUUUUUUAAUCUACCUUCGACAUAAACUGUACGUUUGCAAGGUUAAAGUAAGUGAAGCUAUGGAACUUCCUCGACUGACACGCGCCCUCCGCGCCCACACCCAGCUAGACAAGCCGCGAUGCUUAAAGCCUGUCUCUGACCCCACUAAACCCUAUGUGGCUAAGUCACGGAAACUGCAAAGAUUCAAAUCAUGGGCGGACAUCAUCAACCACAUUAAACAAAGAGAACUGAACUUUCAAGAGAUAAUACCUUUAAUGGCAGAAUUGAAGGUAGCUGCUAAGAUACUAGCUGGAGACCAGCCUGAUGAUGUGAUAGAGGAUGCAGCAGUUCUGAGCCUUCGGAUGUUCCUUGACCAGGACAUUGUGAUGCUGAAGCAUCUAUCUCAACUGCGGCAGACAUUUGGAACAGUUACUAAUGUUACUGCUAACAAAAUUUGUGAGAUUGUAACAAAAAUAUCUAGCGAACUUACAGAAGAGACCAAACAAUUUAUCAAGGAGGAGUUGAGUGAAGAAACAAAAGAGAACCAGAAGCUUUGGGGCGAGCAUAUUGUUAUAAAAUGUGUUCCGUACCGCCCGGCCAAGAAACAUCUGCCGCGACUCACCACCAAACUUGCCACCGCCAACAUCGGAGAUGACUUCUCCAUGAAGUAUAGUGUACAGCCCCAGAAAAUACAGCCUGUUGAGAAAAUAAAUGUAAAGCAGGUUCCUGAAUCUAAAUACAACAAGACAUGGCUAGAGACAAAGAUGAAGGAACUUUAUGAAGGCAACCCUGACAUAUCCAGCGCCGACAUCCUCCAGUCAGUGAUCACAUUACUGAACGCUUCGCGAAACAACGAGGAGAUUCAGAACGACAUGUUCGAACUACUCGGCUUCGACAAGUUUGAGUUUAUUCAGGAGCUGCUGCAGAAUCGACAGAGUGUUCUGAACAGUCUGAAAGCGCCCCCGCCGGUGCCUGUUGAAGCGACAUCACCCUCCAAGCCGUCCGGUCCCAAGAUGCCAGACUACCUGUGCCAAGUGUCAGUUGCCUCAGAACAAGAGCGCGCGCUGGCCCGCCUCGCGCGGCGCGAGGAGAAGCGAUCGAGGCGCGCCCGGCCCGGUGAUGAGCCCGAGCCGCAGAUCGACGUGGCACAGAUGCGCGCUAGGAGAAUAGCGGAGUUAUCAAAGCCGGUGGUGCCAUUUUCUGUAACAAAGAAGGAUGUGGACCCGCUGCUGCAGAAAGUGUCGUAUUUCCAGUCCAAAGUGCAGUAUCCUAACGUAUUCGACUCUUCCAUUGAAGCCAAGAAUUCUGCAGGUUUCGUAUCGGGUCUAAAGCUGAUACUGCCAGAGAACGCAAUAAGGAAAGACAAUAAGGAAUACGAAGAAGUGACGAUACCCAAGAACGAACAAGCGACACUAACAGUUGGCAACCAACGGGUGCCUAUAUCACAACUCGAUGCGAUCGGCCAAAUGGCGUUCGAAAACGUGAAAGAGCUAAACAGGAUCCAGUCGGUAGUGUUCCAGACGGCUUACCACACUAACGAGAACCUCCUAAUAUGUGCGCCCACCGGCGCGGGGAAGACUAACAUAGCGUUGUUGACAGUCGUGCACCAGAUCAAACAGCAUAUCGAGAACGGUGUCAUUAUGAAGAAUAAGUUUAAGAUAAUUUACAUAGCACCAAUGAAAGCGCUAGCUAGCGAGAUGACGGCUUCUUUCGGCAAAAGAUUGCAAGGUCUUGGCAUCAGCGUACGGGAACUAACAGGUGAUAUGAAACUGACAAAGACUGAAGUACAACAGACUCAGAUGAUCGUCACGACACCGGAGAAAUGGGACGUCGUCACUAGGAAAGGCGCCACGGACACAGAACUAGCCUCCAUCGUGAAACUGCUCAUCAUAGACGAGGUGCACUUGUUGCACGGCGAGCGCGGGCCGACCGUGGAGGCGGUGGUGGCGCGCACGCUGCGCCAGGUGGAGUCCUCGCAGAACAUGAUCCGCAUCGUGGGCCUGUCCGCCACGCUGCCCAACUACGUAGAUGUGGCGCGUUUCCUCCGAGUGAACCCGUACAUCGGCUUGUUCUACUUCGACUCGCGGUUCCGUCCGGUGCCGCUGGAGCAGAUCUUUGUGGGAGUUAAAGAAGCUGGUAGCGGCGGCGGCGCGCAUCUGAGGAUGAUGCAAUCAAUGAACGAGAUAUGCUACGACAAAGCGUCAGACAUGGUUCAAAAAGGCCACCAAGUCAUGGUGUUUGUUCACGCGCGCAACGCCACGCAUCAAACAGCCAUGAUACUUAAAGAACUAGCCCAGAAGAAGGGACAUCUGAAGCACUUUGAGCCAGAAGACUCGGCAGGUUACUUCAAAGCUAAGAAGAGUAUUAGUAGCAGCCCUAAUAAAGUGCUUGGGGAGUUGUUUGCGAGUGGGUUCGCGUGUCACCACGCUGGUAUGCUGAGAAGCGAUCGUAACAUGGUGGAGAAGUACUUCUCGGAGGGCUACAUCAAGGUGCUGGUGUGCACGUCCACGCUGGCUUGGGGAGUCAACCUGCCCGCGCACGCCGUCAUUAUUAGAGGCACAGAAAUCUACGACCAAAACCACGGCUCAUUCGUGGACCUGUCAAUCCUAGACGUACUUCAAAUAUUCGGUCGCGCGGGCCGCCCGCAGUUCGACACGUGCGGCACCGGCAUCAUCAUCACCACUCACGACAAGCUCAGUCAUUACUUGAAGAGCAUGACUAACCAGUUCCCGAUUGAGAGUAAUUUCAUUAACUUGCUGGCUGAUAAUCUGAACGCUGAGGUGGCGCUCGGCACGGUGACCAACCUGGACGAGGCGGUGGAGUGGCUCAGCUACACGUACCUGUUCGUGCGGAUGAGGAUCAACCCGCAGGUGUACGGUCUAACAUACGGAGACGUGCAAGAAGACCCGACGCUCGAGGCCAAGCGACGUGAACUUAUAACAGCGGCGGCGAUGCAGCUGGACAAGACGCACAUGAUACGGUUCAACGAACGGACUGGGGACUUGAAUGUUACCGACCUCGGCCGCACCGCCAGCCACUACUACAUCACGUGUGAGACCAUGGAGGUGUUCAACUCUAUGGUGCGCAAGUCCAUGACGCAAGGAUACGUGCUCGAGAUGCUGACACGCUGCUCCGACUUCCAGCAACUCAAAAUACGCAAAGAGGAACUAACAGAGCUGUGGAACCUGAAAGACCAGUUCUGCGAGCUGCGCAUAGAGGACCCGCCUGAAGACAUACACUGGAAGAUAAACAUACUGCUGCAGGUGUAUUUAUCGCGAGCGCGAGUGCAGGGGUCCUCACUGCAGUCGGAUCUCAACUACAUAUCACAGAACGCAGUGCGCAUAGUGCGCGCACUAUUCGAGAUAACUCUGCGCAAGAACAACGCGUACAUGGCGGGGCUGUACCUCAAGAUGGCCAAGAUGCUCGAGCUGCAAACCUGGGACUUCCACAGCACGCUGCGCCAGUUCAACUGCUUUCCGAUUGAGGUGCUAUCACGGCUUGAGUACCCCAUGCUGACAAUUAGUCAGAUAAGAGACAUGGACCAGAGGGAGAUUGGUGACCUAAUCCGCAACCCAAAAGCAGCUCGCCACGUGAAGAAGUGCGCUGAAGAGUUCCCCACACUCGAGAUGGAGGCGAGCCUGCACCCCAUCACGAGGACCGUGCUGCGGAUACGACUGCUCAUCACGCCCGACUUCAAAUGGAACGACAAGUACCACGGGAAAGCCCCGGAAGCUUUCUGGAUCUGGGUGGAAGACCCGGAUAAUGACAUCAUGUACUACCACGAGUACUUCCUCAUUACCAAGAAACAGGUAAUAACAAAAGAGCCUCAAGAAUUAAUAAUAACGAUACCGAUCACCGAGCCGCUGCCCCCGCAGUACUACAUCAGAGCCACAUCAGAAAGGUGGCUAGGCUCUGAUUGUGUGCUUCCACUGACAUUCCAACAUUUGAUUUUGCCAGAAACACAUCCUCCUCAUACAGACCUCCUAGAGCUGCAACCGCUCCCGGUGACCGCUCUCGGCAACGCUCAAUACGAGAUGCUAUACAACUUCACACACUUCAACCCGAUACAGACGCAAUUAUUCCACUGUCUGUACCACACGGAUCAUAACGUGCUGCUGGGGGCCCCGACUGGGUCCGGCAAGACCAUAGUGGCUGAGGUCGCUAUGUACAGGGUGUUUAAUCAGUAUCCGCAGUGUAAGGUGGUGUACAUCGCACCGCUGAAAGCGCUAGUCAAGGAAAGGAUAAAAGACUGGAAAGUCAGACUUGAAGAGAAACUGGGCAAGAAAGUCGUGGAGCUUACUGGUGACGUAUCCCCGGACGUCCGCGCAAUACGCAACUCCUCAGUCAUAGUGACGACACCAGAGAAGUGGGACGGCAUCAGUCGGUCCUGGCAGAGUCGACACUACGUGCGUGAUGUAGCACUGAUUGUCAUAGACGAGAUACAUCUGUUGGGAGAAGAUAGAGGGCCGGUGCUGGAAGUCAUUGUGUCGAGAACAAACUUCAUCGAGUCGCACACAUCACGGCGGCUGCGAAUCAUCGGGCUAUCCACAGCUCUGGCCAACGCCAAAGAUCUCGCCAACUGGCUGAAUAUAGGAGAGAUGGGGCUCUACAACUUCAGGCCCUCAGUCAGACCCGUGCCUUUGGAGGUGCACAUAUCGGGGCACCCGGGGCGGCACUACUGCCCGCGCAUGAUGACCAUGAACAAGCCCACGUUCCAGGCCAUCCGCACGCACUCGCCCAGCGCGCCCGCGCUCGUGUUCGUGUCUAGUCGCAGGCAGACCAGACUGACGGCGCUGGAUCUGAUCGCGUACCUCGCCGCUGAAGACAACCCGAAGCAAUUCCUCCACAUGCAGGAGUCUGAGAUGGAACAGGUGCUGUCGUCCAUCCGGGAGUCGAACCUGAAGCUGACCCUCGCGUUCGGCAUCGGCAUCCACCACGCGGGGCUGCACGAGCGUGACCGCAGCACCGUCGAGGAGCUCUUCAUCAACCAGAAGAUACAGGUCCUAAUCUGCACAGCAACGCUAGCGUGGGGCGUCAACUUCCCAGCGCACCUGGUGGUGAUCAAGGGCACGGAGUACUUCGACGGCAAACAGAAGAGAUACGUGGACAUGCCUAUUACGGAUGUGCUGCAGAUGAUGGGCCGCGCGGGAAGGCCGCAGUACGACAACGAAGGCGUGGCAGUGGUACUAGUUCACGACCAGAAGAAGAAUUUCUACAAGAAGUUCCUCUACGAGCCAUUCCCGGUUGAGUCCAGCCUUCUAGGCGUGCUGCCCGACCAUCUCAACGCGGAGAUUGUUGCUGGCACGGUCCAGACAAAACAAGACAUCCUAGACUACCUGACCUGGACGUACUUCUUCAGACGGCUGCUCAAGAACCCUUCCUACUACCACUUGGAGAGCGUGGAGCCCCAGGAUGUGAACCGCUACCUGAGCAACCUCGUGCAGACGUCUAUUGAUGAGCUCGCCAGCGCCAACUGUGUGGAGAUUGAGGAGGACCAACGCACAAUAACCUCAACUUGGAUGGGUCGCAUCGCCUCAUACUACUACUUGUCACACAAGACCAUGCGCCACUUCAGCGAACAUUUGUCACACACGCAAACAUUUGACGAACUGCUGCGAGUGUUGGCUGAUUGUGAGGAAUACGCUACGCUUCCGGUGCGGCAUAACGAAGAUGUGCUUAACGGGGACCUAUCCCAAGAAUGCCGUCUACCAGUGGACCCGCUGUCUCUAGACUCGUCCCACGUGAAGGCGUUCCUCCUGCUGCAAGCUCACAUGACGCGCCUGCAGCUGCCCAACACGGACUAUCUCACCGACACCAAGUCUGUGCUCGACCAGAGUAUUAGGGUCAUCCAGGCGAUGAUAGACACCUCAUCCGAAUACGGCUGGCUGCCCGUCUCGCUCUCCUGCCAGAUCCUCAUGCAGGCCAUCGUCCAGGCGCGCUGGCCCAUGGACUCCCCCCUAACCACCCUCCCACACAUAGAGUCCCACCAUCUGUACCUCUUCACGCAAAUGAGCAAGGAUACUAGGAAGCCGUGUAUGAUGCUGAAUGGACUGAAAGUGGCGUGUGCGAAGAAUUAUGAGUUGUUAGCCAAGUAUUUGAGAAAGGAGUUCGAUGAGCACCAGAUUGAACAGGUUUAUAAGGCAAUAUGCGACCUCCCGACAGUCGACAUCAAGGUGUCAGUCCGCGGCGCGUGGUUCGACGUGGACGGGGAGGAGACCCGGCCGGUGCGGCAGCCGCCCGCGCGCGACCACUGGGUGCCGCUGCAUGCUGACCAGGAAUACACCCUAGUCCUCGACACGCACCGUCGCGGCGGCAACCCUAGCUCCGUGCUGUGUCCGCGCUUCCCCCGCGGCAAGAACGAAGGCUGGUUCGUGUCGCUCGGGGUCGUUGACCGCGCGGAGCUGGUCGCACUGAAGCGAGUCACGCUGAGGGGUGGUUCUAGCCAGCAGCUGACUUUCCACACGCCACCGGAAACUGGUCGAGUGAUCUACACGGUGUACAUAACUAGCGACAGCUACCUCGGCCUCGACCAGCAGUACGACGUGCAAGUAGAGGUCAUCGACCCCAUGCCCGCCGACAAUGAGGAACGCGUCUUCACUAUGGAUAAAACUCUCAUUGAGUGAUAAAAAAUACUUA